AAUAAACAAAAAUGGCGGACGGAGCAGAUUGAUUCGCAAGAAGGAUGGAUUUUCUUUUAAUGGCGGUGUUGUAUACUCUCUUUUUUGUGGGGCUGUCGUACAUCAUUUUCCUCGGAAGGUCUGGAUAUCAUCGGGGUGGCUGGGUUGGUCUGCUCCGAAGAAACUUAUUUUCGGUUGCACAUUUUGUGAAGUCCAGUUUUCAAAGGUGCAUUCCUGCAGCUGUUUCUCGAACAGUAAACAACAUCACAACGUACAUUCUGUUUACAAGGAAUCCAUGCAUUCAACUAUUUUAUGGCUUUGUUAUUACUGGAGGGACUGCUAUAUACACCUUCAGGGUCAUCCCAUUCUUCGAUAAAAUCAAUGUAUUUAGCAUUGUUACGUAUAUACUUAUAGCCAUCAAUGUGACACUCUUUUGGAUUUGUUCCACCAGUGAGCCUGGUAUCAUUACAACCAUAGAUCAUGCUGAUUACAUGAAUGACUAUGAACCUGAUGGUGUAUAUUACACACAACCGGAAUGUUAUACAUGCAAGUUUAUUAAGCCAGCGAGGUCAAAACACUGCAGUAAGUACACAUAUAGAUUGUUUUGAGGUUCCUUUUAAUUCCAAGUAUGCCACUCUC